AUGAUUCUAGGUGCAGCUCUGACGGCUCACUUUGACCACGGGAGCACUGCGCCCCCGGGGUCACACGCACACACUGAACAGCACACGCACCUGCCUCACUGUGUCUGUCUCUCCCAGGUGCUCAGUGAGCUCAUCAACAGCUUGUACGCGCCGGGACAGAAGCCCAUCAAGAAGAUCCAGCACUCAGACAUGGCCUUCAAGCAGAUGGAGCAGGUGUCGCAGUUCCUGCAGGCAUCCGAGCGCUACGGCGUCGUCAAGACAGACAUAUUCCAGACCGUGGACCUGUGGGAAGGAAAAGACCUGGCCGCCGUCCAGAGGACCCUGAUGGCUCUGGGCAAUCUGGCUGUCACCAAGAACGACGGCAACUACCGCGGCGACCCCAACUGGUUCCACAAGAAAGCCCAGGAGAAUCGACGGGACUUCAGCGAUGACCAGCUGAAGGAAGGACAGAGUGUAAUCGGACUGCAGAUGGGCACCAACAAGGGGGCGUCCCAAGCUGGCAUGACGGGGUAUGGCCGGCCUCGGCAGAUCAUCAACUGAGCCCAUCCGUGCCCCCUGCAGGGCAGCACAGAGACAAGCACCCCUAUUUACCAUUGGCCAACAUGCCUGCCCUGCUGCUCCCACCCCUCUCCUGGCCACAGAGCCAAUCACUGAGGCCAGGUCUCUUCCCCCACACUCUGUACAGUCUUACAGGGUCUCCUCCCCAGGCCACACAGC